AUGACAAACCGACGGGGAUCCUCUAUCGAUCUGCCGGGAGGCGAUGCGUCGGAACGGCCUCGAAUCGCCUUGCCUGCUUGGCUGAACCAUUUCAAUCUACGCGAUCUGAAGGUGCUUUUUCGUUGUUGGACUGCAACAUGGGUUGCAACGAUAUUGAUUUUCAUCGGCCCCGCACUGCAGCAAAUCGGCAUCGCCACUUUCUUCGGCGCUCUGGUGCUCUACAUUGCACCCCCGGCGGGAAUUCUGUUUCUAUACCUACUUGCAGCUUUGUCGCUUCUCGCUGGGAUGUGUCUGGGCUGGGCUUGGGGUCUGCUUACUAUGAAGGCGGCUCUGGCUGCUCGCCCAGCCCCUCAAACCCAGGCUCGUCUCCGGCAAUUGCAGCAGGAGGUGGUGACUGAGGUCCAACGGUCCGGUCAAAGCUCUGCCACCGUGACACAGCAGCUCAUACAUGAUGGAUUCAUGCUCGAUGCUCGAGUCACGGUCGUCUUCUAUGUCAUGAUCUGUGUCUUCAUCUACGCCGUGUCGCGUCUCCGGGCCACAAACAACAAAUUUGCAUUAGCCCAGAUCUUCAGCAUCAUCAUUUCGGACCUUUUCCUGCUCUUUGGUCCAUCAUUGCCGUCAUUCACCGCACUUCUGCCCAGAGUGUUAGUCGCGCCCGGCGCCAUUGGUGUUGGACUGGGUACGAUCUGCUGUCUCCUGUUCUUUCCGCAAUCCACAUCCUACGCCGUCUUCUCGAAGAUGGAAGAGGUCCUCCGUUUCGGUCAGAUAUCUCUAAAAUAUACUGAAUCACUGCUCAACUACAAAGACCUAAACCUGGAACAACUUCUUGAGACAAGGGGUAAGUCCAUUGGAGCCGCCAAGGCCCUCGAGCCGCUGUUAGCGUUUCUCCCUCUGAACUUCUCUAGGGGUCGUUGGAAUGCCGCCGAUGUCGAACGUCUACAGGAGCCUUUACGAAAAACACUCAUGGCAGAGCUGUCGUUGUUAGACUAUCAUAUAGCUCGGAUACAUGGCGACCAGAACAUGCAACGGCUUUCGCCAACUAGGGCACCUACUGCUGAUACUAAUCUGGCGGAAAAGAGAGACCGUGCCAUUGGUCGCCAUCAACUGCAGCAAAGUGCCCAGCUGAUGGAUGCCUUCCAGAGUGCUGAGGAAACCGCUAUCCGUGCGCGCACGCUGGAUGCACUGAGGCAGUCAACCAUCCCAAUCCUACAGGCGUGCUCGGCGGCAAUUGAUACGAUCGUCGAUACCAUCAGCACCCUGAACUCUCAGCGUUGGGUUUGUGAACCCUCAUUUAUACAGAUAUACGACCAGCUUGUCCGAGCCCAAGUCUCGGGGCAGACGCUCUGGAGAAUUCGAUUCUCUAGUCUCACCCCUACUACAGAAGCAUUGAUCAACAACCAUGCAGAGAUGUUCGAUGAUUAUGGGGAAUGUAAGAGUGGAGACGGGAGAGGUGCGCAUGCGUUGCGUGGGAUGAUCAUAGGUAUGGUGAUUGAAGAGCGCAUUUUGGCGGUGGCCGACGCAACGCAGACCCUGAUAGAUGACAUCGCGUGGCUGCUUUCCCAUCGGUCUGAAACCCGUAUUUGGAUCCCUUCUCGGCUGCAAUAUGCCUUGACUUGGUUCUGGAGUAGCAACACUCCUACUCCAAUGUCAUAUGCUGAGAACAACACUGUGGUAGACCCAGAGGUUCUCGAAGAACAAACCCGAGAAGCGGGUCGUCGCCUGCGGAUCAGUCGGGGAUACGGGACACCGCAGCGCUGCCGUACCACCCGUACAUUGAUGUCCAUCUAUAAAUGGCUCUUUAACCCUGCCGGCAUGUAUGCGCUGCGCAUGGUGGUGGUGACUAUCGCCACAUCAAUCCCUUCUGCACUUCCCCACACCGCCGGAUUCUACUACCGGGAGAAAGGAAUCUGGGGGGUUAUCACUGCGCAAACCACCCUCUUGGUCUACACGGCCGACUUUACUGUUUCUUUGGUAUCUCGUGCGGUCGGUACAGUGGUAGGUGGUGUGCUGGGAAUGGUGGCUUGGUAUAUCGGCUCCGGACAUGGCCCGGGCAAUCCGUACGGAUUGGGAGCCAUCACAGCGGCCAUGACAGUGGUGCUGAUGUGGUGGAGGAUCUUCCUGCCACCAGCACUGGCCCUGGCUGCCAUCAUGAGUGGUGCUACAUUCGUUCUAGUCAUCGGCUUCAGUUAUGAUGAUGCCAAUGCGCAGCAAUAUGGCCUUCCCGGUCGCGGAGACACGGCUUUCUGGAAACGUCUGGUUACUGUCCUCUUAGGUUUUUUUGCGGCUACAGUCGUUCAGCUCUUUCCAAGACCACCCUCUGCGACGCGCCAUGUCUGCCAGACGCUCUCCAAUGCCGUUCGCACAUUAUCGGAUCACUAUGCUCUGAUAUUGUCACAUUGGGCCAGGGCUGACCCUGACCACCCCGUCGGCACUGUAGCCGAGAGGAUCACCCUGGAAAUGGCUGAAACACUCCUAUCUCUUGAGGCGCCGAUUGGGCUUCUCCGAUGGGAAAUGAGCUUUGGCCCGUUUCAUCGUAAAACACUUGAUCGGACACGGACAUUGUUAGGCGACAUGAAUCAGGCGCUAGGCCGUCUGCUCACUCUGUCGGCGACGCUGCCGCUGGAGUUCCAGGAGCGGCUGAUAAGAACAGUGGGACUCACGGACGACUAUACAGUUGGAGACGUCAUGGCCAUACUGGGGGUGAUCGAACAGGCACUAAUGGGUGGAGCUGCGCUGCCGGAACGGUUACCCACGCCGUUGGUCAAGCGGUGCUACGAGACAUGGAAGCAGCAGCAUCAAACCGUCAAUCUGAGCAGGAUAACGGUGCGUAAUAAAAGCUACCGCGAAUACUGUGUUGCGAUUACCUCGUACCUCAAGUUUUUGUCGACCAUUGACGAAUUGGUUCUGGUGCUGAAGGCGGCCCUCGGGGAAUCCCACAUUGUCGAUCGUGGGGAGACAGUUGUAUGAGUGGAGGACUGGAACAGCAUCCCAGGUCUACUCAGACGCGAUAGUGACAAACAUGAACAACUUCUGGGCUGCAACGUAUGCCCCUACAGGGGGAGUGGAGCUAUCACCGUCGGCGCUUAUCGAAGGAUCGGAAUGACUCACAUGUAGCCGUCUGCCAAGCCACUACUGC